CGGCGUCGUGAAUUGCGAAAUUCCCAGGUCACUGAGUACGUCAGAAUGAGCCCAUGCAUGUAUGUAAAUCGACGUGUUCAAAACAAUUUAUGUGAACGAAAAUGCAUAAAUAGAGAGGUAGCUUAUCGCAGAUAUCAGUUUGAUAUUAUCGUAACGAAAUCGAAUAAAUAAAGGCAUCGACUAUAGACUUCAAGUUCAACUCUUCUGGUAUAGGCAUAUCAGUUACAUCGUAGCACGAAUCAACUGCAAUAAUUAUAGUCAAUUUAAGAGUUAUCAUAUUUCUAAGUAAUAUUCUACUGUGCACGGAGCCUCUAGACACAAAAUAUCCAGAUUCCCGAGAUUUCUGUUUAUUUGCUGCAUCUAUAUUUGAAUAGGACAUUCACAUUCUAUCUUUGGAUCAGUCUGUUAAUCAUCAAGAUGAUGAACAUUCUAAAGACCACCUUCUGUGACAGCCAAAGCCCAGAAUAUGGCACGGUUAAGACACAUAAUAAAGCAUAUGAAGAAAGACAGUAUAGUUCAUCCGUGUGGGUGUCUGUGGAUACGAUCGUCGAUCCCAUCACCUCCUCCGACAGCGCUAAAACCAAGAACGACGAAAAUGAACCAUGUUGUAAACUUUUUGAUUACAUCAACGGGCAGAAUGAAGGCAAUCAACGCAUAGGAAUGACCUUUCCGGUAAUCGAAGAAUUCGUGAUAGAAAAUGGCCCCAAAGGCGAGUCGAAGAAAAUACUCUCGUUCUUCGUUCGUAAAGAGUUUGAAGAAAAGACUCCACUUCCGACUGAUCCUGAUAUCAGGAUCAACCAGCGACCUUCCAUGACUGUUUAUACAAUGAAAUUCGGCGGUUUUGCCAACGACGAGAAAUGUUUGAAGGAGAAGGAGAAGUUGAUGGCGAUGUUGGAAGCCGAUGGGAUCCAGGUAAAGAGAGAUGCCUUCUACUGUGCUAUCUACAAUACUCCCUUUAAGCUUUUCAACAGAACAAAUGAAAUCUGGCUCGUCAAGGAGACGACAGAUCAAGAGCGCAAGGAAGAGCAUCUCGUAAAGUCGGCCACCUUGGACGUGGCGCGUGAGCAAUAAUAGACCAGUCCAGGACGUAGCCCAAAUAGGCUUCCUCUUUUUUUAUAUAUAUCUUUUUAAAUAAGUGCACACCUUGUAACGGUUAAUAUUUAGAGUAUUAUUUUUUAUUUAUCUUAAUGUACAGUAUAUAGGAUAAAAAAGGAGUACACUUUUGUCUUUAUUAAUGCCCGGCCAGUCGCAAUGGCCAUGUAGCAUGACCGGGGAUCGAACCCUGGAAUCUCAUUAUGCCUUAGACCAUUCUUCAUCGGAACCACCAUUAUAAAGUAAUAUUUAUGUUUGCUGCACUCUCCCCUCCCCCAUCGCCUUUCCUCUCCCCCACUCAGGGAUAAAACUUGCACACGUUACAUGUUCCCUUUGAGGUGCAAAUAUUACGGUAAUUUAUGAAGUUUCUUUUAUAGUAAACGGAAACUGAGCCCUGAUACUACGUAGAUUUGACCCCAAAGGGAUAGGGGGAGGGGUUAAAUGCGUGCGAUUUAUAAUGUAAUAAAAACUGAAAUAUCUCUCGUCGCUUCUGAAUCUUUUAACACAAGUGAAUGUGAUAAAUAUAUUUUAGGGAAAGAAUAAAUAUAAUGAAUUCUACAUUCGUAUUCACAAAGCUUAAGUAGCUUUUUUCAGCCAUUGUCAGUAAGAAUAUAUUCGGUAUAGGCCCGUGUUUUUAACAAUUAUGAUAUGACCUGUUUUUGAUAAAUUCAUUUGGAAAUCCUAUAACAUUUGAGGGGUUCUCUAAAGACAUGCAGUGGUCAGCCAUAUUUUUUUCCUCGGAAAAUAAAAGAAGAGAAAGAAACAAGGUGGUGUGGCGGAGAUCGAAUAUACAUUAUUGGCGUGAUCACUUUUAUUUAUGCAAUAUGCAUGUUCGUUGUAGAAAUUAUUUGAUUUAUUAUUUAUUAAUUGUUGUAUUUUGUUCUUCAAGUAUCUGAAAUUUUAUCACGAUGUACAUAAAAUAUACACACUGUUAAAAAAUAAAACUAUAAGAAAUCAGUAAUUAUUACUGGCAGCUGGGACACACAAACAGUAUAAACUGUUAAAUUACGAUGGGCUGUAAAAAUGCAAAAAUACUGGAUAACAAAAAAAUAAACAAAAAAACACUAACAUUCAUUAAACAUGAAAAUCGCCGAUAAUUUACGAAUACGAACAUUAUUCAUACGAUAGAUGCACUGCAAUCAACGUAAAAACACAAUAGUUUGUUGGUAUUUUUACAAAAAAUAUUAUAUUUUACUGUGUUUUACAUUUAAUUUGUAAUACGUUACAUAUCACUGCAGAAAUAUAUUAAUUGUCGUCUUUCUUUAAAGGUAAACAUCCUGUAAAAUUUACGAUUAUUUCUGUAAGAUUACUAGUAUUUAUAACAGUACAUGAUUUCAAAGUUAUAUCUUUUUAUUAAAAGGUUUGAAUAU